AAACCAAACGACAAAUGGCUAACGCGGUUUUAUCUCCUUCACUAGCUGUCUUCCUCUUUCUCUCUCGUCGUAUCUUUCUCUCACUAGAAAAAUUACAGCAACAAGCUUCAGUUUCUCUUUCCAAAGAAGGCACGUACAAUCUUUUUCUCUAAAACCCCACUACACGCUCAAAACCCUAACGACCCGUUUCAGAUCUGCACAGCAUCUCAUCCUUCUGCUAUGCACUUUCGAGGGAGAGGAAGGGAUUGAAGUGUUAAGAUUAGAAAAUGUCUACCUCUGACCCGAAAGUCGGACCCAAACCAGGUCAGUGGCCACCAGCACCGGAAUCUGCAGCAAUGCCGCCGUCCUCCUGGGCUAAACGAACUGGGUUUAGGCCCAAGUUUUCUGGUGAGACCAAUGCGAGCGAUUCUGGACAGAUUUCACUCCCUCCAAGGCCGAAAGAGCAAAAGAAUUCACAGCCGGAUGUUGAAGCGGUUCGGGUCAGGGCAACACAACCACCACCAGCGCCGCCUCCGGCUGCAGUGAAUGGGACCGAUAAGGCGGUGGUCGUUCCAGCAGAGAAUAAGGAUCAGACAGUGGUGAAGAGGAGGAGGGACUCUGAUGGUGGUAGUGUUGGGGGAGCGAAGGAUGGUUUGGGUCCUGGGGCGGGUCCGAAUGGCGUGCCGGAGGGUCCGAGAAGAGCAGUGGUGAGGAAUGAGGAAGUGAUUGAUGUGGAGGAUGAUGGAUUUGUCAGAGAGAGACAUACACAUAUGAAGUACGAGUUAAGAGACACUCCUGGUCUUGUUCCCAUCGGUCUAUAUGGUUUCCAGCAUUACCUUUCGAUUUUAGGUUCAUUGAUUCUCAUUCCACUUGUCAUAGUUCCUGCAAUGGGUGGCACUCAUGAGGAUACUUCAAUGGUGGUGUCCACAGUGCUAUUUGUUUCAGGAGUAACCACUCUUUUGCAUACGUCAUUUGGGUCAAGGUUGCCUUUGAUACAGGGCCCAUCAUUUGUUUACCUUGCUCCAGCACUGGCAAUAAUCAAUUCUCCUGAGUUUCAAGGACUAAAUGGAAAUAAUUUCAAGCAUAUUAUGAAACAGCUACAAGGAGCUAUAAUUAUAGCUUCAGCUUUUCAAACAAUACUUGGAUAUAGUGGACUGAUGUCAGUAUUUUUGAGGUUGAUCAAUCCAGUGGUUGUUGCCCCAACUUUUGCUGCUGUUGGGCUUUCUUUUUAUAGUUACGGCUUUCCACGAGUUGGUACCUGUCUUGAGAUUGGUGUAGUGCAGAUAUUACUGGUUAUUAUGUUUUCUCUUUACCUGCGCAAGAUUUCUGUUUUUGGUCAUCGUAUAUUUCUUAUUUAUGCAGUUCCAUUGGGUCUAGCAAUCACAUGGGCGGCUGCUUUCCUUCUUACUGAAGCAGGAGUCUAUAGUUACAAAGGUUGUGAUGCAAAUGUUCCAGCAUCUAACAUUAUAUCUGACCACUGCAGAAAGCAUGUUUCCAGGAUAAAGCACUGUCGAGUUGAUACUUCCCAUGCACUGAAAUCUUCCCCAUGGUUUAGGUUUCCUUAUCCAUUACAAUGGGGUACUCCUGUUUUUGAGUGGAAAAUGGCUCUCGUUAUGUGCGCAGUGUCCAUCAUCUCAUCUGUAGAUUCGGUUGGUUCAUAUCAUGCAUCUUCAUUGUUGGCGGCAUCUGGACCUCCAACCCCAGGGGUUGUUAGUCGGGGGAUUGGUCUUGAAGGCCUUUGUAGUGUCUUGGCUGGUCUAUGGGGUACUGGAACUGGUUCUACUACUAUAACUGAGAAUGUGCACACUAUUGCUGUGACUAAAAUGGGCAGCCGCAGAGCAGUUGAAUUAGGUGCAUGUGCUUUGAUCCUCUUAUCCCUUAUAGGUAAAGUUGGAGGAUUUAUCGCCUCAAUUCCUGAAGUCAUGGUUGCUGCUCUCCUUUGUUUCAUGUGGGCAAUGCUUUCAGCAUUGGGAUUAUCAAACCUGCGAUAUAGUGAGGCUGGAAGCUCCCGGAAUAUCAUCAUAGUUGGUUUAUCUUUGUUUUUCUCCCUGUCUGUACCAGCAUACUUUCAGCAAUAUGGCAUCUCUCCAAAUACAAACUUGUCUGUCCCAAGUUAUUUACAUCCAUACAUCGUGGCCUCUCAUGGGCCAUUCCGCAGCAAAUAUGGAGGGUUGAACUAUUUUUUGAACACGUUACUGUCCUUGAAUAUGGUGAUUGCAUUCCUUGUUGCUGUCAUCCUGGACAACACUGUGCCUGGCAGUCAACAAGAGCGUGGGGUCUAUGUAUGGUCUGAAACUGAGGCAGCAAGGAGGGAGCCUGCCAUUACGAAAGACUAUGAAUUGCCCUUCAGAGUUAGCCGGAUUUUAAGAUGGGUAAAAUGGGUUGGAUUUUGAGACAAAAGGCAUUUUAGUUGCCAUGUUGGCCAUUUUCUGAUUGUCAGAAGCUAAUCGACAGCCAUUCAGAGCGGAUAGCAUUGAUAGAGCUGCUUAUGAUUCUAAAUGCAAGUCACGCUCGUUUCAUUUCGGUAAAUAGUAGGCAACAAACUGAUUUUUGUUACACGGCUGAGCCUUCUUGGGGCUAUAGGUCUUAUAGAGAUGAGUUUUUGUGUACAUUUGCGGAUCCGGAGGGAUCUCACGGUGUUGUAACUUGAGAUUAUCCAUGAUGUAUCUAGUUUUGAAUCAUUGUCAUUGAAAUUUGUCUUAGGGGGGCUUUUUAUGCUUGAGAAAACAUUGAUAAUCCACCCGCACUAUGUAUAUUUUUUCCAACUAUAUUCUUAAUCACCAUCACUUUACCGCA